AUGGAUCGGUUCCGGAUGAUCUUCCAAUACUUCCAGUCCAAUUCUGAGUCGGUGAUGAAUGGGAUCUGUGGGCUGCUAGCCCUGGCUAGCGUGAAGAUGUAUACUUCCUUUGACUUUAACUGCCCCUGCCUGCCCAAGUACAACAUGGCUUACGGUUUGGGGAUCAUGUUUCUGCCCCCCACGGCCCUCUUUCUCUGUGGUCUCAUUCUCAACAGACAGUCUCUGGUGAUGCUGGAGGAGUGGAAAAGACCUACUGGGGGCAGAAAGAAGGAUCUGGCCAUCAUCAGGUACAUGUGCUCCUCCAUCAUGCAGCGAGCCAUGAUUGCUCCCGUCAUCUGGAUCAUCGUCACCCUCCUUGAUGGGAAAUGCUUCGUCUGUGCUUUCAGCGCCUCCGUCGACCCUGAAAAGUUUGUGGGGUUUGCCAACGUCACCCCGACCCAGACGCAGCUCUUGCUCUCCAAAGUGCCCUGCAAAGAUGACGAGCUCGUGAAGAACAACCCUGCCAGGAAGGCGAUCUCCAGGUACCUGAAAUGCUGGUCACAAGCCCUUGGCUGGAGUGUUCUGCUGAUCCUUAUUGUGGUAGCCUUCCUUGCCCGGUCGCUCAGACCCUGCUUUAAUCAGGCUGCCUUCCUGCAGACACGCUACUGGAGCAACUACAUCGACAUCGAGCAAAAGAUCUUCGACGAAACCUGCUGCGAGCAUGCCCGGGACUUCGCCCACAAGUGCAUCCUCCACUUCUUCGAAAGCAUGCAGCAGGAAAUCAAACUGCGGCGUUUCAAUGCGCCCAGGGAGGAGGCCGACCGGGGAGAAGGGGAAGAAGAUCACCUGCGGGGAAUCACAGACCAGGAGCAGAUGAAUGAGCUUCUGAAAUCAUGGUACUACAGCAAGCCCCCCCUGGAUGUCAGCCAGGCAACCCAGCGGCAGCAGUCUGUGGGCAGGGAGAGACUGUCCGUGCCCUGGGCAGAUAGCUUGAGUAACAGGGGGAAUGCACCAGAAAAGCCCAAAACCUCCAGACAAACCGAUGUUUAA